AUCAGCUUCACCAUCGUCUUCUUCAUGUGGUUGCGGUUUUUUAGGAGGUCAUAACCAUAAGUGGCGCGAAUGUAGGUGAAGAUGGCGUUGACGGAUGCUCCUUUGCCGGAUCUCAUCUCCUUGAUUGCGAUGCAGUACUCGCUAUCAGCCACACGGUGGCAGCAGUGUGAUCUCUGCAGCGACGAACUGCAAGCGCAUCACAUCUGUCACUGACAUGCACGACGCAGGAGCACUAAUUACAUGAAGUUUGACUUGUCUCUUUAUACUUUUAACGAGGAGAUUAAAUAACCUUCCACCUCACAUAGAUUUAGUACAGUUCAGGUUAUCAUCUCUCCUCAAAUAGCUCCCUUUUCCCCCCAUGCACUUGCACAAAAAAUGCCAUUAAUCAGUGUUAUAUUAUGUGAAACAUCCUCCUGACGUGUAGGAAUUAUCAGGACAAAUCAGGGGCACUGCAGUGAGUGUGACCCGCUUUAGAGAUGCAGUGAGGAAGAUGAGGAGAAGGGGGCACCUCAUGCUCAGUACAGAGAGAGAGGAAGAGAGAGGAAGAGAGGAAGAGGGAGAGAGAGAGUCAGUCCCACAGUGUUUUCUCGACAGAAGAGUCCAGUCUGGCUGCUUCAGAGGAGACACAGACCUGCUAUGUCCUGAACUGCCUGGUGCAGGGUGACAACGCUGAAGGAGAAGCAGCUGAUUUAAUUUCCAUUUUAUCCAAACGUGGAUUGAUGGACCUCCAUUAUGGCCAAGUGGACAUGAUUCUGCGUUCAGCACCUGUGGCACAAUGCGGAAUAUGAUUUACCUGACAUUCAUAAGCAUUCUGUACUUGCCCGUUCUGCUGUUUGAGGCGUAUGUGUUGUCCAAAGGCAAGUAUGAGAGGUCAGUGGUGCCCAGCUCUGCCUCUCGCCUGGUGGCCAGGAUGGACGGGGAUGUUAUAAUCGGUGCCCUCUUCUCUGUUCACCACCAGCCGUCAGCUGAGAAGGUGGCAGAGAGGAAAUGUGGAGAAGUCCGUGAGCAGUACGGCAUCCAAAGAGUGGAGGCCAUGUUCCACGCCUUGGAUCGGAUUAACUCAGACCCGUACCUGUUACCCAACAUCACCCUAGGCUGCGAGAUCAGGGACUCCUGCUGGCAUUCCUCGGUGGCUCUGGAGCAGAGCAUCGAGUUCAUACGAGACUCUCUCAUCUCCAUCCGGGACGACAGGGACGGCUCCAGGUGGUGCAUCGAGGGGGUGCCCUCCAGUCAGCCUCCGCCAACCAAGAAGCCCAUCGCCGGGGUCAUCGGGCCCGGCUCCAGCUCGGUCGCUAUUCAAGUUCAAAACCUUCUGCAGCUGUUCAACAUCCCGCAGAUCGCCUACUCUGCAACCAGUAUCGACCUUAGUGACAAGACUUUAUUUAAGUACUUCCUCAGGGUUGUGCCCUCAGACACUCUUCAGGCCAGGGCCCUCCUGGACAUCGUCAAACGGUACAACUGGACCUAUGUGUCUGCAGUGCACACAGAGGGUAACUACGGGGAGAGUGGGAUGGAGGUGUUCAAAGAGCUCGCCUCUCAGGACGGCCUCUGCGUCGCCCACUCUGACAAGAUCUACAGCAACGCCGGGGAGAGGCACUUUGACAGGCUGCUGAGGAAGCUGCGUGAGCGUCUGCCUAAAGCCAGAGUGGUUGUCUGCUUCUGUGAAGGCAUGACGGUCCGAGGGCUGCUCAUGGCCAUGAGACGGCUCGGAGUAGCAGGAGAGUUCCUCCUAAUUGGAAGUGACGGCUGGGCCGACCGGGUCGAGGUGGUGGAGGGAUACGAACAGGAGGCUGUGGGCGGCCUCACUGUGAAGCUGAAGUCUGACGAGGUCUCCUCCUUCGACGACUACUUCCUGAAGCUCAAGCUCAGCACCAACACCCGCAACCCGUGGUUCCCCGAGUUCUGGCAGUACCGCUUCCAGUGCCGCCUUCCCGGACACCCACUGGAGAACCUGAAUUAUGCACGAAACUGCUCAGAACUCCAAGACGGUUAUGAAAGUCUGGAGGACAACUACGUUCAAGACAGCAAGAUGGGCUUCGUCAUCAAUGCCAUCUACGCCAUGGCCCACGGGCUGCACGACAUGCACACUGUCCUCUGCCCCGGGCACGUGGGGCUCUGUGACAACAUGAAGCCCAUUGAUGGCAGCCACUUACUGGACUUUCUUCUCAAGGCAUCCUUCACUGGUGUUUCUGGAAAGGACAUAUAUUUCGACGAGAACGGCGACUCACCUGGGAGGUACGAGAUUAUGAACUUCCAGCAUGUGGAACCGGGUGUUUAUGACUACAUCAACAUUGGCUCCUGGCACGAGGGCUUACUCAGUCUGGAUGAUGAAAUGAUGCAGAUGAACCGCAGUGACAUGGUCCGCUCCGUCUGCAGCGAGCCGUGCUCCAAAGGAGAGAUCAAGGUGAUCAGGAAGGGAGAAGUGAGCUGCUGCUGGAUCUGUACCGACUGUAAGGACAACGAGUUCGUCCAGGACGAGUUCACAUGUAAGGCCUGUGAGCUGGGCUGGUGGCCAGACGAAGAACUGGAAGGCUGUGAGCAGAUUCCCCUACGCUACCUAGAGUGGAGCAAUCCAGAGUCCAUUAUCCAGGUGGUUUUCUCCUGCCUGGGCAUCCUGGUCACGUCUUUUGUUGCCUUCAUCUUUGUCUUGUAUCGUGACACGCCUGUGGUCAAGUCCUCAAGCCGGGAGCUCUGCUACAUAAUCCUCGCGGGGAUCUUCCUAGGCUAUCUGUGUCCUUUCACCCUCAUCGCCCGUCCCACCGUGGCCUCCUGCUACCUCCAGAGGCUGCUUGUCGGACUCUCAGCCGCCAUGUGCUACUCCGCCCUGGUGACCAAAACCAACCGCAUCGCCCGUAUUCUGGCGGGCAGCAAGAAGAAGAUUUGCACUAGGAAACCGAGGUUCAUGAGCGCUUGGGCUCAACUGGUCAUUGCCUCCAUCCUGAUCGGUGCCCAGCUCACCUUGGAGAUUACCCUCAUCGUCAUGGAGCCUCCUGAACCCAUCAAAUCCUACCCCAGCAUCAGAGAAGUCUUCCUCAUCUGCAACACUAGCAACGUGGGUGUUGUGGCCCCUCUGGGCUACAACGGCUUGCUCAUCAUGAGCUGCACUUAUUACGCCUUCAAGACGCGCAACGUCCCGGCAAAUUUCAACGAAGCCAAAUACAUUGCCUUCACCAUGUACACCACGUGUAUAAUAUGGCUGGCGUUUGUGCCGAUCUACUUUGGCAGCAACUACAAGAUCAUCACCACGUCUUUCUCUGUGAGCCUCAGUGUGACUGUAGCGUUGGGCUGUAUGUUCAGCCCAAAGAUGUACAUCAUCAUUGCCAAACCUGAGCGAAACGUGCGCAGCGCGUUCACCACCUCUGAUGCCAUUCGCAUGCACGUCGGCGAUGGCAAAAUUGCCUGCCGAAGCAACAGCCUGCUCAACAUGUUCAAGAGGAAGAAGAACACUGGAAACGGCAGUUCUAAUGGAAAGUCUGUGUCAUGGUCUGAACCAGGUGCAAGACAUCCUCCAAAAGGGGAUCACACGUGGCACAGACUGUCAGUGCAUGUGAAGAGACAGGAAGCAGGUUCCAAUCAGAUGGCUGUCAUCAAACCCUUAACUAAUACCUACCAAAGCAGAGGGCUGGACUUCUCAGACCUCAGCACUAAGACCUUGUACAAUGUGGCCGAGGAGGACGAGGGUGACCCUAUCAGAUACAAUCCCCCCAUCACUCCCCCCAUGAUACCCCACGGGCAGAUUCCUGCCUGUGGGCUGAUAAAAGUCGUGGAGGAGGUGGAGCUCUAUCCACCUCAGCAUCCACAGCCAAACUGCGUUAUCCCUCAACACAUCAUCAUGAACCACCUGCAGGAGAUGGUGGUGGUCCGUACAUUCAAUAGUGACAUCCCUGAGCUCAAUGAUAUGAUCAGCAUGCCUGAGGCCGUGAGCGGCGGCAUGCCCGUAUACCACCAGGCCCACCUCAUCCAGCAGGACCCGGUCCUGCCUCUCCACAUGGACCCGUUCGAUGAGGAGCACACGUCCCCUUUAGAGGAGGAGAUGGAGAGUGAGCAGUUUGGCCUUCUCCACGGCUACAUGUACAAUAACGCCCAGAUUCACGACGAGGAGGACUUGGUUGAGGCCAAAUUAGCCCUGGAGGACACUCUGGCUCUGAUGCCUCCGUCCCCUUUCCGAGAUUGCGCCCCUCCUCCAGUGAGCCCCUUUCCCAAUUCACCGGUGUCCGAGUCGAUGUUGUGUAGUCCUACAAAUGUGACAUAUGCCUCCGUCAUCCUCAGAGACUUCAAGCAAAGCUCCUCCACUCUGUGAGGGUGCACACUAAAUAUUACCAGUUGUACUAUAUUUAAAGUUUAUAAUGACUUGUGAUGAUGAGAUAUAAGGAAGAACUCAUUCAUUUUCACUAUAAUUGAUAGCUGUUACAUGAUAAUGGUGAACAACAAGACGCCACAUUUUAAAAUUCUUUUAGAUGUUGUCUACAAUAGUGAAAGAAUUUCCCUAUAACAAACAUAUUUAUAUGCUAACAUGAGCUUGUAGGACAAAAUAGAUUUCGUGCUUACAAGACAAACAACUAAGAUUACUGUAUGAAUGCACAUAAUAUAAAUAGAUUUAUUUGAGAAAUAUAGGCGACAUAACAAGCGGAUGAGUUUGCUGUUUUUAAACAGGGCGACUUAUUGGUGAAUAUAGUUUCUAUGUGAUGCAAAACAAUCUGAUUUGUCAACAAUAUUUUAAGAGAAUAUGUUUUGUGUUACACAUUGUGUGUUUUGUGCUUUAUCAGGAAUGGAAGAAAUGGAGAGGUUUAAAGGAAUAGUUCGACAUUUUGGAAAUUACACUUAAUUGCUUUCUUGAAGAGAAUUCGGUGAGACGAUUCAAUUCCACCGUAACAUCUGUCCGCUAAAGCCACAGCUGGCUGCCAUUAGUUUAGUUUAGCAUAAAGACUGGAAGAGGGAAACCGCUAGCCUGGCUCUGUGCAAACAUAACAGUUCAUUAUAAGUUUGACACUUUUUGUACGAAUUAAACAAACAAGAUC